AUGAGCCUGGGAAGGGGUGAAGGAUGUGGAUUCCUGCCCCGCUCCUGGAGUACCUGGCGAGGGUUUUUGGGUGCUGUGAAGAGAACUGGGCAGGACACCAGACUCUCAGAAGCCGUCCAUAACUAAGAGGCCAGAGAAGCUCGCAGCACAGUCCAGAGAGGCAGACUGCUCACGGGGGCCGCGGGCACCGCGCCUGCCGAGAUGCUUUCCCCAAACUCGAGAACCAGGCAGCUAAAUGGCACCUGUGUCGGCUCGGUGGACUUGGAGCUCUUCCUCCAUUAUUCCCUCAUCCCAUCACUUUUCAUCAUUUUGAUCUUGUCCUUUCUCCAAAGACGAGAGCACCGUAAGCAGAGAGAGGACACUUCUCACCUCCUGGGGAACCGCUUUGAAAUCAUCAUACCUCUGGACUUCGUGGGCACCUUUAGUAACCGAUGGUCCUAUGGAAUCGCCUUUGGGGCCACAGCCAAUAAGGUCAUGUUCUUGUUCUCAGAAGGCUACCAGCCCUUGCAGAUCCCACAGUGGGCCCAAGCCUUUGUGCUGCUGAUUGGAGGCAUGGAAGUCGGCCUGUCCCACUUCCCCUUCUUCGCCUGCCUCUCUUCCGAGUUCCAGCUGCUCAGCUCUGUCCUUGGCUUCAGCUACUCUCUGAUCUGGUUUGCUGUCACCGUCCUUUACAUCACAGAGUGUCCCCACGGACAGUUUUUGGGGAGGUUUGAGACGGUCCUGUUCUACUGGCCCUCGCUGCUGUGCCUGGCCUUCCUGCUGGGCCGCUUCCUGCACAUGUUUGUCAAAUCUCUGAGGGUACACCUAGGCUGGGAGCUGCAGACGGAAGAAAAGCCUUUCCUGGCAGUUCACCAGGCGGAACAUGUCAAACGUCUCCUGAGGAAGCCCCCCCUGCAGGAGACUAAAAAGUCCUGGUUCCAAACCAGAAUCUAUGAGUGGGAUCCCUGCUUUCAGUUCCCAAGCAGAAUGAUUGGAACCACUGUGUUGGCUUUCAUAUGCCUGUACCUUUUCAUUGUCAUUGAGUUCUGCAUGUUCGUGUAUGUGAGAGACGAGCUGGAUGUGUUUGAGGGGGAGCUGGAGAGCUACAUCGCCUCCGUGAACCAGACGGGGACACUGACCCCAGUCAGUCUGCAAGUGAAAGAGCUGAUGAGUGUCACCAAAGGAGUCUGGCUGGUGACCAUCUUGCCCGCCUCCCUCAUGUGCGUGAGCUAUCUGUUCCACAUAUUGGCCUGUUACCGAAAGCACAUGAAGAGGUUGUGGGCAGGAAAGAAACACUUUCUCCCUUUGAAGUUCCAUAAUCCUUCCUCGUCGGAGAGUGUGGUGGCCAUUGCAAGGUACUCUGGCUGGCAAAUAGCCUACAUACUGUGGGGCUACCUCAUCAUCCACGUGGUGCAGAGCCUCUUUGGCAUCCUGAUCAUGUACAGCCUGGUGUUGCCUGUCAUCCACAACCAGGACCUGGAGAUGCUCCAAGGACUGGGCAUUGGGACCCUCACCAUAGCCAUCGUCCUGGGUCUCAUGGUCCUGCAGGUGUGGAUUGCCGCCACCUUCUUCCUGCAGCCGAAGAUGAGCGCAGCUGACAGGCAGAAGCCCCUGGCGCUCAACAACAGGAAAGCAUUCCACAACUUCAACUACUUUCUGUUCUUCUACAACGUACUGCUGGGCCUGGGCGCUUGUCUCUCCAGGCUGCUCAUCAGCUGCGUCCUGGGCACAUGGCUGAUCGCACGCAUUGACAGGACCAUCAUGCAGAAUGGCUAUGAGGGAGCGGACAUGGGGUUCAGUGCCUGGAUCGGCAUGCUCUAUGUGGAUCAUUAUCAUACCAACCCUGUGCUCGUCAGCUUCUGUAACAUCCUGAUCACAGGGCAGAGGGAGAGGAAGCUGCAGCGGGCCAUCAAAUACUGGUGCCUAAAUCAGUCGACAGGUCCCCGAAUCUCAGCCAGGUCCAGGACGAGGUGGCUCCUGCUGCAGACCCUGGUCAACAACCCCAGACUUGUCAUGCUCAGAAAGGCAAGACAAGGUCACGGCUCCCGGGACUUUACCCAGAUCCUGCUGACGUGCUCAGAGAGCUGA